AUGAUGCGCACUCGCAAGUUGUUGCUGCUUCAACGAGCCAAGAGCCCACAACAACAGUGUUUCACCACUUCUUUCUUCAACAUGCCGGUCUGCCUCCCUUCACCCUCUCACAUGCAUACACAGCAGCAUUCCGACAGCAGAGAUAUCUCAGAUAUCCGUGGAAUGUCCUUGAACGUCCCUCCAGCCUCACGACCAGCACUCAGUCCCUCGGCGUCGCAGUCGAGCCUGAGAGUCGGCUCUGACAACGACCUACGAUCAAUCUCACGCAACAUCUCUCGCCGCAACAGCGAAUCCGACUCUCCACUCACCACGCCUUCCCCUCGGCAGCCGCCAGCGACAGAGAACGAUCCUGCAGCACUCGCACUUUUCCAGCACUGGCAGACGGGUCGCAAGUUGUCAGGACCGCACGACUUUCACUCAUCUCAGCACUACCUGCGUCUUUACGUAAUGGCAACAAAGUCGCAAUGCGAGCCACUGCAGAACGAAGUCAUGGAUCUCUGGAGAGGCCAUUAUAAGCACGAGAACUUGACCGCCCCAGCGUACCGAAUGGAGUACAUCUACAAGUACACCAAAGGUCCGAAUCCGAUGCGCAGGUUCCUGGUGGCCAGCGCAGCAUACCGAGCAUUGAGCGAGCAACAGACCGGAUCAGACGCCCGCCUUUCGGACAGCAUGCGAGCGUUGAUGUUGGCGCAGCCAGAUAUCGCAACUGACUUUGCUGAAGCACUCAUUGCCCUGCACAAGAGUGACUUGGCAGAUCCACGCAAAGGCCCCCCGUUCCCGUGUCUGGCUCCACCUCCAGCAGAAGCAUGGCAGUCUGACGGUGCUGACGACGCAGCUGGGCCACCAACGCCCCCCGAAGCGCCGGAGGCUCCUGAGCCACCGAAAGCACCUACAGUCGAGAGAGUCGGCGCGGUCCCCGUCAUUGCGGAUGCUCCUGCUGUGGAGAAAAAGGACGUCACCGUUGAGGAAAAGGAUGUUGUCGUUGAGAAGAAAGAUGCUGUAGUUGAGAAGAAGGACGAGAAGAAAGAAGCUGCCGAAGAAGUCGUGGCCAAGAAAAAGGAUGCAGUCGUUGAGAAGGCCACCACCGUGCCAGACAAGCCGGCGGCUGCAGACAAGUCUACUGCCGACCUCGCCAAACCAGCUGCAGAUUCGGCAAAGACUACGGCGACCGAGGCGAAGAGCACUGCCGGCUCCGUCAAGACCAAGCUCACCUGGAAGCAGAAGAUGAAGGCAGCCAAGGCUGUUGGCAAGGGAAGGAAUGCAUACCAUAAGGUCGCUGUCCGGUUCAGGAUGCUCGGUAGGAAGAAGUGA